GCCACAAUGAGCUGAAGGAGAGCAAGUAGAGCUCCGUGAUAUAUCUUUGUGUUUGUGGCCAGUCUUGCACUUCCUGCAGAUAUUGUCGACAUUAUCUUUUGGGGAAGCUGCCGGUCACCCUACCUUUCGCAGUGCCCUCCUCAAUACACCAGCAUUCGACCAACACCAUCGGUUAGCUGGGACACUAUUGACUGAAAAAAAGUUCCCAUCACUCGCCAUCACUCCAAGUUCUGCGAUAAUAAACAUGGGCAACUUCCUCAAUCGCAAGCCGGUCCCGGCCUCGGAUGCGAACCAUCACACCCAUAGCGACUUGCACUCAGCGUCUUCUCGACCGAGUGUCGGUCAGUGGUUCAAGGCUACAUGGCUGGAUAUCUUGACCAUGGCUGCCCUUGGCGCCGUUGGUCUGGGUGUUUAUCACGCGAAACCAGCCCCGACCCGUUCGUUCCCCGUCACGUUUGCCGACGGCGAGAUCGUCUACCCCGAGUUCGGCUACCCUCUUCGCAAGGAGAUCAUUCCGAUCUGGCUCGCUGCGUUUCUGGCUUCUGUCAUUCCCAUUGUCAUCAUGCUGGUCAUGCAGAUCCGAAUCCGAUCGUUUUGGGACUUCAACAACGCAGUCAUUGGCUUGCUGUACAGCCUAAUCACCGCCGCCGUGUUCCAAGUUUUCAUCAAGUGGCUCAUCGGUGGCCUUCGCCCUCACUUCCUUGCCGUUUGCCAACCGGAUUUGUCUCUGGCUUCUAAUGCGGCCGGUGUCCAGGGAGCUGGGUACAAUGGACGGGGAUACACAGGCAUCUACUAUACCAAGCAAAUCUGCACCGGCGAUGAAGAUGAGAUCAACGACUCGCUGGAAAGUAUGCCCAGCGGGCACACCACUGCCGCCUUUGCAGGCCUGAUCUUCCUCAGUCUCUACCUGAACGGCAAGCUGAAAGUAUUCUCGGAUUAUCACCCUGCCAUGUGGAAGCUGGUCGUUCUGUACGCACCUGUCCUCGGGGCCUGCUUGAUCGGAGGCGCGCUUACUAUCGACGAGUACCACAACUGGUACGACGUUUUCGCCGGCGCUGUUAUUGGAACUGUUUUUGCUUUCAGCGCUUACCGGAUGACGUAUGCCUCGAUUUGGGACUGGAGGUGGAACCACGUCCCGUUGAACCGCACAACGUCUUUUACCUUUGGACAUGGCGGCCAGCAAUACUUGGACGUGGGAACAUUUACGAGACGGGGCGCUUGGGGAGAGAAGCACGGCCUGACUGGUCAUCAUGAUGGGACGGCUGCUCACCACCAUGCGGCUCCUAUCGGGGCGACUACCGGAACGAAUAUUCCUCAGAACGGUGUCCAUGGCGACAAUAUGGUAUAG